CUUCACCAGUACAGAGAGGUGACCUGUCUGUUCCAACAGUGGAUUUACAAGCAGCCUCCAGACAACUUGUUUUUUUUUAAAAAAACAGGACACUUCGUUUUAUAGGAAAAAUAAAGUCUCAAUAAUAUGGGAGAAGAAAAUAGGAUUUUUUGGACUGUAUGGAUAAUUUUGGUCAACGUCAUUGCAGCUUUUUCUACCACCCCUGAAGCCACCACUGGGUUUGUAAACACUACAGCCUUCACUACUCCGCUGCCAACCACCGCUGAAUGGAUCACAGACUUCACUGACAUUGUGACCAAGUUCUCCCUGCGCACAGCCGACAUCCCUGAUGAUGACAUGUGCUACAUUGUGGCCGGGAGGCCAGAGACCAUUGAGGAGUGUAAAUUCAAUGACCAGAUGCAGAGUUUCAUCUUGAUACAUGGCUGGACGGUAACAGGGAUGUUUGAGAGCUGGGUGCCCAAGCUGGUGUCUGCACUGUACGAACGGGUUCCCAACGCUAAUGUGAUUGUGGUGGACUGGCUGACCCGCGCCAACCAGCACUACUCGACCUCCGCAGCCUACACUAAACUGGUGGGACGUGAUGUCGCCAAGUUCGUAACCUGGAUACAAAAUGAGCUGCAGUUGCCCUGGGAGAGGAUUCACCUGGUGGGUUACAGUCUGGGAGCACAUGUGGCUGGAAUUGCUGGCGACCUCACCGACCAUAAAAUUAGCAGGAUCACAGGCCUGGAUCCGGCCGGUCCCACCUUCGAGCACGCUGACGAACAGAGCAUUCUGUCCCGUGACGAUGCCCAGUUCGUGGACGUCCUGCACACCAACACCAGGGGCUCCCCGGACCGCAGCAUCGGCAUCCAGAGGUCCGUGGGACACAUCGAUAUUUACCCCAACGGAGGCACCUUCCAGCCGGGCUGCGACAUCCAGAAUAUGUUGAUGACAAUCUCAAUGGGGGGGAUCAAGGGCCUCCAAAAUAUGGACCAGCUCGUCAAAUGCUCCCACGAGCGCUCAGUCCACCUGUACAUCGACUCUCUGCUGAGCACCGAGCAGCAGACCGUGGCGUACCGCUGCAACUCCAAAGAGGCCUUCAACAAGGGAAUGUGCCUCAACUGCAGGAAGAACCGCUGCAACAAGCUCGGCUACAACAUCAACAAGGUCCGCACCACCCGCAGCACCAAGAUGUACCUCAAGACCCGCGACAUGAUGCCCUACAAAGUUUUCCAUUACCAAGUGAAGAUGCAUUUCUUCAGUAAGGACCGUCUGAGCUUCACCGAGCAGCCAUUGAAGAUCUCUCUGUUUGGAACCAGUGGAGAGAAGGAGGACAUCCCCUUUGUCCUGCCGGUGCUGAAUGGUAACGCCACCUUCUCUUUCCUGAUCACCACUGACGUCAAUAUCGGAGACUUGAUGAUCGUGAAGCUGCGCUGGGAGAAGGACUCAAUCAUCAGCUGGUCUUUCUGGAGCAGCAGCCAGUUCCACAUCCGGAAAAUGCGCAUCAAGUCUGGGGAGACCCAGUCCAGGGUGAUCUUUAGUCCGAAGGAAGGAGAGUUUGCCUACCUGGUCAGGGGAGGAGAUGAAACAGUGUUUGUCAAGUCAAAAGAAGACAACAUGAGCCGUAAAGAGAAAUUGAUCCACAAGCUGAAAAUGCAAGGGAGUAGUUUUGUGCAGAACAACGCUUGAAGUUGCACUCGAUCACACAUAUCAUGCACAUUAUCCAUCUCUUCACACGCAGCCAAAGAUGGACAGCACCCUGUGAAAGCCUUGUGUUGCGAAUGAGAGAGAGAGAAAGAGAUGGAGAGAGGGAGAGAGAGCCACUGCUUAGUCUUUAUGAUCCUUCCUGCGUGUCUUUACUCAAACUCCCAGUGCAGCCAACACAACCUCGUCCCACUGUGCUGGAAGUCUGUUCACAAGCUCUCCUGUUCGUGAUGAUGUGCUCACACUUUUAUAAAUUCACACUCUGAGAAGCUUCCGCUGCAUAUCUUUGAAAUCAUUGGUUUUUGUUGAAUCUGUCAUUUACUGUUUAUGCUGAUUUAUCAUGUAAUUUCAAACUCUGAACUGAUAGGUGUCCUUUGCUUAUGUGAACUCGGAUUAUUGUUAAUGUUAGAAAAAUGAUUCAGAGUGACAGGCAUAAUUAAGCCACAUUUUUUUUUCCCCGCUUUUUGUUUGUUAUCGUGCAACUUGAUCACUUUGUCCCGAACAUUCGUCUACAUCUCACCACUAAUUCCCAACAAUCAACAGGGACCAAAGAAAUAUUUACUGUCUACUGAACAGAAAAUCCCAGUGGUCAAUGUACAUACCUUUCUUAAUCAGUAUUAUAUAUAUAUUUUUUGAAUAUGAGUUAUAUGUUGAUAUCUGAUCUCUUGGAGCCUUGCUUUUUCUUUGAUUGCGUUUUGGUUAUUGUGUCACUGGUCACUUUAAAAGGCUCUUUGUCCCCUGCAGCUGCUUUUGAUGUUAAGGUCAUUGAGAGUGCCGUCCAGCACGGUCACGCGUUCUUAGGUUUUGUCAUGAAAAUGAAGGUCACUUUUAAUGAUCCAGUAAUGGCUAAGUGCACUUGAAAACUGAAUGAAUGGGUCAACAGCGUCUCACCUGAAACAGUUUACCUCUAUGACUAAACUCAGUCUAUGCCAUGCCCUUAUUUUGAAAGGUCAAACGUUACAAAAUUACUUAAAGAAAUUAGAAAAUGCAAGCCUUUGUAAUAUGUGAUGGACUGGCCUUCAUGAUAGCCAUAAUACAUCUCAAGAAUACUUCAUAUUGUAUUUAUGGAAUGUAUAUUUGUAUAUUAAGCUGUAAUAUAUUUUGGCAGGCUUCCAUUGUCGUGUGUGUUUUUAUAAAAUGAGAUCUAAUGCAAAAGGCUUUGGAACGAUUGAUCAAGCUGGUCUCCAUGCAAGCUGUUAAGUGCACUGUAUCGAGAAAGAGCCUGGGAUGGUUUAAUAAAGAGAUAAUUCAAUACUA